AUGGCGCCCGCACAGCCCGAGUUGAAGAAGGUACGGAGACCCAUUUUCCUGACGGACAUUCCCGAGUCGCCAGACUUGUAUGAUUACCUCGACAAGAGGCUUUUCGUCCAACUGAACGGCAGCCGCAAGGUUAUUGGUGUCCUCCGUGGUUACGAUGUCUUCCUGAACAUUGUCCUGGACGAGGCGGUCGAGGAGAAGGAGGGCGGCGAGAAGGUCCGGUUAGGCAUGGUUGUCAUCCGCGGCAACUCGGUCGUCAUGUUGGAGGCCCUCGAGAGAAUUGGCGGCGACGAGCGCCACCAGCGGUAA